UGCGCACAGCGCGAGUUUGGUGCGCGGGCAUGGAGCAGCGGUGAAACCGAUCCCAGCUGCUGCCUUGUAGGGGAAUGAGAGCUAUUCCUGUCCCCCUGUGGGCUGGUCACGUGUCCUCCAGGGAGCGUUUGGCUUGGGGACCACGUCGGGAGAGAGUGUAAGCGCACCGUUGCGCACAGCUGAGUUGGAGAGUAACGACAUCCUCGAGAAGCGUUGACGGUCUGACGCGGAGGAACCACGACCAGUUUUGUUUUGGGGCGUAGUCAUAAUAAUAAUAAUAAUACUCCACGGGUUCUACUCACCCACUGCUACUAUGUGGGUGAUCCCUAAGUCAUUGCUUCGUUAAAACUUCUCAGUGUAAGAAACUGUGAUCUCCACGGCGAGCUUCUUCUCCUUCUUCCUCCUCUUCAAGUCGACAUCCAGAGCUGUCACGGCAAGCGGAGGCCAUCAGUGCCCACGGUGAUCCUGCUCAGUGCUAACUAGUCUGCAUCCAAGACCUCAGGUAACUGGCCAGCUUCCGUGGGAUUUGAUGUCACCUUUAGAUUGGUUUAACUGAAGAUGGAAACACUGGAGUCUGAGCUGACGUGCCCGAUCUGCCUGGAGUUGUUUGAAGAUCCUCUGCUCUUGCCCUGUGCCCACAGCCUUUGCUUUAACUGUGCCCACCGCAUCCUGGUGUCUCAUUGCUCCACCAGCAAACCCCUCGAGUCCAUCUCCGCCUUUCAGUGCCCCACGUGUCGUUACGUCAUCACGCUGAAUCACCGCGGCCUGGAGGGCCUUAAGCGCAAUGUGACGUUGCAAAACAUCAUUGACCGCUUUCAAAAGGCCUCCCUCAGCGGCUCCAACUCCCCCACUGAGAGCCGGCGGCUGCAGACGCAGCGGCCCUACACCGCCACCAUUAGUGGCACGAUAGCUGGAACGAUCGGUGGCGGCGGCGGUGGAACAGGUGGAGGAAGUGCCCGUGGCAGCCCAGCCACUUCAAGCCACUCCCACCCGCACCCCAACCACACCAAUCACGCCAACCACACAAACGCAAACCACAGCCCAGCUGUUGUGGUGAAGAUGGAUCCAAGGAUCAGCUGCCAGUUCUGUGAACAGGAUCCGCCUCGCGAGGCUGUUAAGACGUGUGUUACGUGUGAGGUGUCGUACUGCGACCGAUGCCUGCGUGCAACACACCCGAACAAAAAGCCUUUCACCAGCCACCGCCUGGUGGAGCCAGUACCAGACACUCACCUCCGGGGCCUGACCUGCCUGGAACACGAGAACGAGAAGGUCAACAUGUACUGCUUGGUGGAUGACCAGCUUAUCUGUGCCCUCUGCAAGUUGGUGGGUCGUCACAGAGACCACCAGGUGUCUUCGCUCACAGAUCGCUUUGACAAGCUCAAGGCUUAUCAGGUGAGCCCGGGCAGAGUGUCAGAUGCAGUAAUGGAGGCUUCAAAGACAAGCGCUGCGCAAACUCUGGAGAACAACCUGACCAACCUGGUGAAGAGGAACAGUGAACUGGAGAAUCAAAUGGCCAAGCUCAUUCAGAUCUGCCAGCAGGUUGAGGUAAAUACAGCCAUGCAUGAAGCUAAGCUGGUGGAGGAGUGUGAUGAGCUGGUGGAAAUCAUCCGCCAGAGAAAACAGGUCAUCGCUGUCAAGAUUAAAGAGUCCAAGGUGAUGAAACUGCGCAAGUUGGCUCAGCAGAUUGCAAACUGUCGCCAAUGCUUGGAGCGCUCCAGUGCCCUCAUCACCCAGGCUGAGCAGAGCCUAAAGGAGAACGACCAUGCACGCUUCCUUCAGUCUGCCAGGAACGUGGCAGAGAGGGUAGCGAUGGCGACGGCCUCCUCCCAGGUACUCAUCCCUGAUGUGAACUUGAAUGAAGCAUUUGAUAACUUUGCCCUUGACUUUUCCCGAGAGAAGAAGAUAUUAGAGGGUCUAGAUUACCUAACAGCGCCCAACCCGCCAUCCAUCAGGGAUGAGCUGUGCACCGCCUCCCAUGACACCAUCACCGUUCACUGGACGUCAGAAGACGAGUUCAGCGUCACCUCCUAUGAGCUGCAGUACACCAUCUACACUGGCCAGACAAAUUUCAUCAGUCUGUACAACUCAGCAGACAGCUGGAUGAUUGUACCGAACAUCAAGCAGAACCACUACACGGUGCAUGGCCUGCAGAGUGGCACCCGUUAUAUCUUCUUCGUCAAGGCUAUCAACCAGGCGGGAAGCCGCAACAGUGAGCCAGCCCGCCUCAAAACCAACAGUCAGCCAUUCAAGUUAGACCCGAAGACCGCCCACAAGAAGCUCCGCCUGUCCAACGACUGCCUGACCAUGGAGAAGGACGAGAGCUCGCUGAAGAAGAGCCACACGCCGGAACGGUUCAGCGGCACCGGCUCGUAUGGAGCUGCCGGGAACGUCUUCAUUGACAGCGGUUGCCACUACUGGGAGGUGCUGCUGGGAGCAUCCACAUGGUAUGCCAUCGGCGUUGCUUACAAAUCAGCUCCGAAAAAUGAGUGGAGCGGCAAGAACUCGUCCUCGUGGGUGUUCUCGCGCUGCAACAACAACUUCAUGGUGCGGCACGACGGUAAGGAGAUGCUGGUGGAGGCGAGCCUGCAGCUGCGGCGGCUCGGUGUCCUCCUGGACUACGACAACAAUUCGCUGUCCUUCUACGACGCCAUGAAUUCCCAGCACAUUCAUACUUUCGAAAUCUCCUUCCUCCUGCCUGUUGUACCCACUUUUAUGAUCUGGAACAAGUCAGUCAUGAUUCUCUCAGGACUACCUGUCCCAGAUUUUGUCGAUGGGGUGGCUACAGAUCUCCAAGAGCAGCAGCAGCAGCAAAUGGGUCUGUGUCGACAGGAAUCGCCGUACUUGACGGGGAUGAAAACCUGCCACUGACUAAGCUUGCGACAGAAGAGUGGAUUAGGACCUGACAGACACUGACGGCUUGACUGAGCUUUGCUCUGAUCCUCAAGAAGGAAUGGGUGACUGUCUGAAAGCAUUGGAAAAAUGUUACUCCUGUUAGUUUGUAGCCACUCUGUGUUUUGCAUAUUCAUCUAGCUUACAGGAAAGGUCUGUUUGACUGAAAAGAUCAAUGUGUGUUAAGUUCAUCAAAUGCCCUGCAGUCACUGUCAAAGGCAGCUUGAGCAGGACGGGAUUCCUGGUUUUCAGAACCAUUUUAGGCCCUUCUGUUUUUAUUUCUUUUUCUUCCUUUGACCCCCUCGGCAGGAGAUCAAGGUGAAAAUCGUUCAAGUUUAAAGUUUCAAGAUAGAGCUAGCGGGAUUAAGUCUCAUUAACUUAAUCAUGAAAAGUCUUAUUUUUAAAUUGUGAAAUUUUUCGUGCAACAGGAGCAAAUACAUCGGCAUACCACCAACAGGUGCAUCUUAGUAAAUUAUAACACCACUCUUUAAAAGCUUAAAAUGAUUCUAGAAACAUAAAUGUCUGCCUCCUCCUCCUGGAGCAGUGAGUGGCAUGAAAUUGAUGCUGUACACAUGAAGGCUGCAGAUUUCUUCCCCAUUCUCAUUCUGCCCAUUUUCUCUCAUGACUAUGGAUAAUGAGAGCAUAAUCUUUAAUAGCUUUUAUAAAUAUAGAUUUUUGGCCUCCUGAGGAGAAAUGUAUAAUAAUACAUAUUUGAACUCAGCUCAUCUGUGUUGUUAGGCCUGAUAUUUAUCAUCUUCCUCUAAACCUAAAGCCAACAGAAAGAAAGUCGUAUGGAUUUCAAAGUUUGCUCAGCCACCAAAUCAUCACUGUGGAGCUUUAGAGAUGACCUCAGUAAAACUUAUGAUUUCUGAUUUUUUUUUUUUUAAAAAUGUCACUUUGAAAUUUCUUUUUAUUUAAUUAUUUAAAUUACUGGAAUAAAUUUCCCAACAUCAAUUACAUAACGAUGUUAUAAUUCACUGAGACACACCUGUAUAGUACAGCUUCCAGAAAAUAAGCAUAUUCUUCCACACCUUAGUCCAAAACUGCAAAAAGAUUAAAUAUUUUGUUUGUUGUAAAUUUGGAUGCCAAUUUAUAACAGUGAUUUGAAUAAGUGAUUGCAAUUUACUUGUAAAUACUUGUUUUCUGUGUCCUUGGUAGCUGUAACUUAGCUUUCCUAAAGCCUUCUCCUCGUUCUUCCUCCUAGAUUUAUCCCAUCAGCCCUGUUUGUGUGAGUGGGUCCAAACUUCCAGGUUCCAGGAAGCUUUAACGUUGCUCCCAGAUUUUGUUUCUACAACAUCACAGGGAGCAGAUUUGCAUCAUGUGACUACUCUGUUUGUAAGAUAAGAGACUUAUUGGACACAAGAAAACAAAAGUAGUAUUUAUAGAAAGGAAGAUGGUUUAACUUUAUUUUAACGUUACAAAAUAUUCAUGAUGCACUUUUUGAACUUGACAUCAUUUGCCCUCUGUGUUGUAAAGUAGAGCUAGAAGUGAGUGGCAGGUUACAGUGGGGAGGAUAAGUGAAAGAAAACACUGUGUUAAAUUAUGUUUACCAUUAAAAUGAGUGUGGUGCAGAAAAAUGCUGACAACUUUUCAGGCAACUCUUAUUGUUGCGCAGAGCAAAAUAUAACAAUGAAAAGAUCUUUAAUUCCUCAUUGCACUUUGAAACAGCAUACAGUAAAGUUAGCUUUCUUUGGAAAAGGGAUGUGAUUUUUAUCUAAAUGUUGAUAAAUUAACAACUUUUUUUUUACUCUGAUAUUAAAUUUUCAGGGCUGAAGAGGGUUAACACUUGCUAUUUGUUGCAGUGUCACGGCAUGACUGUGUUUUCCUCCACAUAUGUGCACAUUUUAACACCACAUAAUGCUCCAUGUCACAAACAGUGCAUGCAGCAUUAUCAGAUCACAGGAGCUCACUGGGAAGUUCACUACAUAUAGUUUCAUUGUUCAUCAUACAGCAGAUUAACUCCAGUUAUUCUUCGCUAUUCACAUUUAGUUAUAGCUCGAGGUGUUCAUAAGUUGUUGGGGGUUUUUUGUUAGGUUUCAAGGCUUAGUGUGUGUUUUUUCUGGUUUGACAUUCAGGUAGCAGUGCUGACCCAGACAAUCAAUGUGUAUUAUACUGUAGUUUAGGCAGAUUAAAGAGGUUGCACAGAGGAAAAAGCUGACAAAAAACUGACACUGGAUGUUGGGUAAAUGAAAAAAUAUCUAUAUGUAAGUAGUCUUUUAAAACUGAUCACACCAUAUGAGAAUUUUGCAUUGACUCUCAUUUGCCAUUUUCUAUUCUGACAACUUUCGAUGUCAUUGUGUCCGAAAGUCUGUGAGGCAAGAAAACAUUGGUUUAAAUGUUUUCCCAUCUCAUGUAUUAAAAAGGUUUUUCGUUGAUUUUAUGGAACCACAAACAUCCAGCAGUUUACCUAUCAGCUGUGCAAGAGUUGUCAGAAUUGCACCGGAUCAGCGAUCAUUUAAAGAAGGCCUUGAUGGUUAGAGAUGACCCACUUAAGAUGCAGCAGAGUGGGAAAUCUGUCAGGCUUCUGCUAAGUUUCUUUUGAUUUUCAAAUAUCCAUCAGUCUUGUGGAAUAAUGUCCGUCGCAGACUUGACCGCGCAUUGAUUUGGGAGGACGAGCUCAGUGUGUGUACUUGGCCAGGUUACUGCAUGAAUAUGUGACCUUGUUGAAGGUUCAGAAAACUUUUCCUGUCAAAACAAACAUUCAAUCUUUGUUUAUUGCUUUUUUGUUUUUAAGGAAAAAAGAAACGAGACAACUACACAAAGUUGCCAUCGCCGUGCAUAUCAGAUUGUUUGCAGUGCUUCUUUUUUGUGUCACAAGUCAGUACAGUAAAAUAUAUUUACGGUGAAUGACUUUCAAUAGCUUCCCACUCCUCGUAGUGCCGUGUUUAUACCCUAGAGACAAUGCAAUAGAUUCUUCUUUUUGCUUUCCUUUUCAGUAGCUUUGGGACUUUUUUGUUUUUUUCUUUUAUACAACGGAAAAGAAAAGUGCUCCUCUCCUUCAUGGCACUGGGACCUUAAAAAGCAGCACAAACAGAGUGGCUUUGCCUUCAUGCAAUGCUUUCUGUUUCCAUAGAUAUAACUGAAAUACUUUUAGCCAGAGAGGAAUGUAAAUCAGAGGGGGAAAUAUAUAUUAUAUAAAGUUGUAUAAUGUACAAAAUAUAUAUGAACCAAUGUUAUUUAUGUGAAUUUGAGUCCAAUAAAAAGUCUGAUCCC